UCAAAAAUAAAAAAAAUUUGAGAAAAGUUUUUGUGUGUUUUUGGAUUCUCUCGUUCUCACAAUUCUAUUUUCAUUUCAACGUAAACCUAACAUCGCCGGAAAGAUUCAUCAAUCAAAUCGACUGGAAUCAACCGGCUGCCGCAGCUCUGGCCACCGCCAUUCAUUCUUCUUCAGAUCCAGUAUAUUAUCUUAGAAACUCGCCGGAAACUAUUAUAGUAUAGUCACGCCUCCAGCUUCAAACCAAACCACCAGACUCGCGUCGCCGGAUCUCGACCGUUCGAUUCACAUCACACCAUCGUUCUCCUCGGCUUGCGCCACCGGAGGCAUCUAUGGAUAAGGAAAAUGGUUCUUCUCAGAAAGCUGGAGACUUCAAAUUGAAGAAAAAGAGGAAACGAGAGCGAGAGAAAAAUAUGCUUAGAAAGAAACGCAGAAAAUUGGAAGCAGCUAGAGAGAUGUUGGAGGAUGAGGAGCAGAAUAAAUCAUUCAAAAGCAAGUCAAGAUAUCUUAACAUGAAAAUCCAAGGUAGGGGAGCUAGACGGAGUCAAGAGAGUGACCACAGUCAACUCCAGCCUUCACCUUUGCGAGAUAAAUCAAAUAUUAAUGCUAGUAAAUUCAAGUGCUUUGGGGAGACGGAGAAAGUUGAAUGUUGUUCACCAUAAAGACCAAUCACUAGGAAAAGAGAAAUCAACUACUAGCUCUAAUGAAGUCACAAAUGAGGAAAGUCAUAAUGAGUCGCACUGUGAAAAAAGAACAAGAGGUUAUUCACAUAUGCUAGAUGUAUGGGACAUGCCGGCUGGAAACUUUAUACUAGUUGAUGUAGAUCAUUUGGGAAAUCCUAUCGGUUGGGAAGGAAAAUAUUACUGAUAUGCUUGAACUAAUUCAGACUAAAUUUCGUUUUGUUCCCGAAUUCACUGAGAGAACAGAGAAAAUACUAAAGGAUAAUAUGAGUAUUAAGUGGAGGCAAUUCAAGUAUCAUUUGAAGUCAAAGGGAUAUGACGGUAGUAAGAAAGAAGAAGAAAUGGCAAGCUACAUUCCCGAUAGAAGGGUUGAUCCUUCUCAGUAUCGUGAUUUAGUACAUUAUUGGUGUUCUGAGGACGGACAGAAAAUCAGUGGCAUGAACAAAAUGAAUCGCAAAAAAUAUGAGGACAUUCAUUGCAUGGGAACCAAGAAUCUUCCAAGCCUAAUUCAUGAAAUGACAACAAAAGCUGGAGGAGUGCAACCUUCACGGGCACAAAUUUACAUUGAUACUCGAACUAGAAAAGAUGGAAGUAUUGUGACUGAAAGUGCAGCAUAUGUGAUUGAAGAGUUAAAGAAGCAUAUGGUAGAGGAGGAAGGCAGCUCACAUGAUUCUCAAGCCACCAAAGAUUCUACAAGCUGGAAGAAUGAUGCUUAUUCAAAGGUUAAAGGACCUGAAAAGAGAGGACGAGUGCGUUGUCUUGGCAAGCUUCCCCGGCAUGCCAGUUCUAGCUCCAAUGCAGAUAAUAGAGUUGCAACAUUAGAGAAUUUGCUUGGAAAUUUGGUUUCUGUUCUUCAAAUGCGGUUUUCUGAAGAUCCACAAGUUAACGAGGUCUUACGAGCUAUAGCUGAAGGAGGUUUGAUUUUGUGUCACCUAUUGACCACAAUUUAGAUUCAAAUAUAUGAAAGUGAAGAUACAAGACCAUUCAAAAUUGUAGAUACAUGAAAGCUGGUGCUUCUGUUGAAUCCUCUUGAAUAUUUUACUUGGUCAUUUAUUCAAACAGAAAAUAAGAAAAUGUAGUUGAAAU